AUGGAAGAUGUGACCGAUACAAAAAAACCAAAGUCUUUGUUCACUUAUUGUAUUGACGUACUCACAGAAAAUUUUAAUAUUUUAAAAAAUGAAAUCAAGUGUCUUUCAGCAAAUAUUUUAUUCGAUAUUUAUUACAAGUUAUAUGAAGAAAAUAAAUUAUAUCUUUUUGGUGAUGAAUUCAGUAACUUAGAAACAUUUACAAGACUAUUAAAAUUAUCUAAUCGUCGUCUUAGUCUUCACAAAUGUUUUCAGACUUUGGAAGAACAAGGCGUCGGUGUUACAAAAACCCUCACCGCUUCUUAUGUUAAUACUGCUAAAAAAUGUUUACAAACUUCUUCCUGUUCCAAAUCCAGGUUGUCUGUUAUCGAUACAGGACUUCGAUUAGGUAGCUUCUUUAGCGAUGCCGCUUGGUUUCAAAAAGCAGAAGAAAUUUUUUUUUCUUGUAAAGAAGUUUGCGAAUCAUUAGAACCCACGUCUGCCAAUAAAAUUAUUUACUUGCAAUGCUGCCAUAAGUUAUUAAGGGUUCAAACGUUAUUUUGCAAUCUCAUAGGUGCUCAAGAAACUUUUGAGCAAAUUCAAAUUCUCAUUGAUGAUCUCAAGAAAAGCAAACACACGCCUCACUUACCUGGAAUUUACGCCGAUUUUUCUUUGUAUUUUUUUACUAAAAAUGAAUUUCACGAAGCUCAUAGGUUUAGCAUAGCAGCGUUAAAAGAAUUAAAAUCUGUUCAAAAUAGUUUGAGUAGACAUAAUAGUUUGCCUGGUAAAACAGUUGUAGAAGUUUUAAGGCAUGCAUCAAAAUCUUACGUCGUGAAAAGAGAAUUUACAAAAGCUAAUCUUCUUGCUCGGCAAGCUGUUGAUCUGGCUGCAGAAGUCUUCGGCACUGAUCAUCCAAAAUAUGCAGAUGCUCUUCUCGACUACGGGUUUUUUCUUUUAUAUUACGAUUCUAUUGAACAAUGCGUCGAAGUAUACAAGAAAGCCUACAAUAUAAAAACUUCCAUAUUUAAAAGAGACAAUGUUCACAUCGCUUUGGCUUUAGAGGAUCUCGCUUAUGGUCUUUACGUUAGAGAAUACAGUUCUGGAAGGUUUCAGGUCGCUAUUGAAAAAUCUGAAGAAUCAAUUCGUAUAAUGGAAAAAUUACUACCCGUAGAUCAUUUUAGACUGUCAUCCGCGAAAAGGGUUAAAGCUCUCAUAUUAGAAGAAAUAGCAAUCGAUAAUUCAAUCGAACAUUCUCAUUUAGAUUUAUUGCAAGAUGCCGAACAGCUUCAUUUGGUCGCAUUGAAUAUUUCAAUGAAAGCUUUCGGAGAGAAAAACGUUCAAACGGCAAAACAUUAUGGAAAUUUGGGUCGAUUGUAUCAAAGUAUGAAAAAAUAUAAAGAUGCUGAAAAAAUGCAUUUAAAAGCAAUUGCGAUUAAAGAAGAAUUAUUGGGUCCGAACGAUUAUGAAGUUGGGCUUUCAGUAGGUCAUUUAGCGAGUCUUUAUAAUUAUCAUAUGAAAGAAUUUAGAAAAGCAAUUGAUUUAUAUCUCAGAUCUAUUUCAAUUAAUAUAAAAUUAUUUGGAAAAGGUUAUUCAGGUUUAGAAUACGAUUAUAGAGGAAUGAUACACGUAUUUGCAAAUUUAGGAAAUUUAGAAAAAGUAGCAGAAUAUAGUUAUCAAUUAAAUUCUUGGAAAGUAUUAAGAGAAUAUCAAUUACAAAAAAAUAACGAAACCGUUAUAACUCAUCAGCCUCCGAAACCAAUAAAUCAAAUAUUAGAAGAAGUUUUGGAUAAUUGCAGCAAUCAACAUUCGCCAAUAUCUUCUUCAUUUCCACCUUCUUCAUCAACUUCUUCUUCAACGUCUUUCAAGUCAUCAAUUUCACAAUAA